AUGCUCGACUACAGCGGUAGGAACCCCAUCGGUCACAACGUGAUGACGGUCAUGCAGAUUUGUUCCGCGACCGGCUGUGAUGUGAUAGGACUUCAGGGGACCCGACGAGAGGGGCAAGGUUCAAUUGCACACGACGGGUACGUGAUCAUCUGGAGUGGCGCCCAGGGCGUACACGGUGUGGGCAUAGCGAUGAAGGGGGCCAUGUGGGAGAGUGUGGGCGAGGAAGGUAGGACGGUGGAGUGCAUUAGCCCGAGGCUGAUGAAGGUGCGUCUACAAAUUGGCCGCACCUGCGGAGUAACUUUGGUGGUGGGGUACGCCCCCACGGAAACUAUCCGCACCAUCGCGGGCGGUGAUGUUAACGCCAAGGACUCCUUCUGGACUGCUCUCGACGCAGCGAUCCGGGAGGUUCACAGCCGUGACCAUCUCGUGGUGCUAAUGGACGCCAACGCACGCACUGGUAGGAGGCGAGACGGGUGCUGCGAUGCCAAGAUUAUGGGCGCGUACGGACGCGACAUUAUGAACAACAACGGGGAACGACUCCUUGGACUGGCGUCAGACAACCAACUCUCCCUGACCAACACCUACUUCCGGACACCGAAAGGUGGAGUGCAGCACACAUUCCAGAGCUCCAACAAGGGGAAGGAGAAGUACCGCCUCGACUUCAUCCUCAUGCGUCAGACGGACCGGCGUUUUCGUGCGCACCUGAAGAUGAUCGACGUCGAAGGUAAGAGGUCGUUCACCUCUCAAAACAUCAACGACGAGGACGGCGAGGUCCUCCGGGACCCCACGUUUACUCGCCAGCGGUGGGCACGGUGGUUCCACAAGCUUCUCAACACCAAGUCGCCGACCAUCGACCUGCAUG